AGAAAGAAAAGAGAGAGAGAGAGAGAGAAAAAAAAAACAUUCGUUUCAAGAAGAAUGUCCUUGGUAAGAAUAAAAUAUAAAAAGAUGACGAUUGCAGUAUGGUGGUUAGUUGCAAUUUUAGCAUUGACUGGCGAGUUCAAUGCCGUUCAAUCGUCAACAAUGUCCUUGAACUUGAACGAUACCUCGGAAAAUAAUACGGUAAACGAAAUAUAUGACGUAAUCACGGACGAUCAUCCUCACGAGAUUAACGAUAAACCGAGUAAAUUUGAUAUGGACAUAGAUCAUAUUACAAUGACCGAUGAUAAAUCGAGUUAUCAAAUCGAAUCAUCUAACAUGGAUAAUUCGACGAGAAGUUCGAUUAAUGAUAAAAAAUCAUCAUCAUCAUCAUCAUCAUCGUCAUCAUCAUCAGCAUCAUCAGCAUCCGUAUCAUCAGCAUCAUCGUGUGAUGAAAAUCAUUGUGAAAUUGAUCAAAAAUAUUUGGUUAAAAAUAUUUUGGACAAAUUAUCAAAGAUAGACGAAUACAACGUGACGGAUAACGUGCAAAUAGUGCGAAGUGAAAUUGCAAUGAAAAAUAAAUCGAAUGUUGAUAAAGAUAGGAAGUCAGAUAAGAAAUUUGAUCUGAUAGAUGAGCUUCAUCGAUAUGCGAAAGAACACGUGGUUAGAGUCAAGGUCGAUCCAAAUGCUAUAACCGGUAGAAAGGGUAGAACCUUCUUUGAUGCCCUCUUUCAGGGAAAGAGUUCCUUUUUAACAGGAUUCGGACUUGGUUUUCUAGCAUUUGGCCUGAAGAAGCUCUUGUUACCACUGUUCUUUGGCGUGCAAAUACUUAAAAGCGUAUUACUAGCAUUAUUCUUACCGAGCAUUAUUGGAAGUAUUGGUAAUAUCGUUGGAAAAGGUGUAUCGUCAUUUACGCAAUCGUCUCAAACAGCAACCGUAGCACCCGAGGAAAAUUUCGAAUUUAAGGACAAUACGGAUUUGUACAACGAUGAUUAUUUGACACGACAACCAGUCGGAACUCUACCAGCUUCCACGUUGUACGAUGAAAAUAUGAUGCAGUCUCAAAAAAAUCCUGAAAUAGCUUCUAGAUAUUCGUUCGUUGAUCCUUCAUACGCCAAUAAUGCUAAUACGAUAUCAAAUCGUUAUUAUAUGAGACACGCGGCACAAGGUUUCACGAAGAAACAGGAUUUCAAGGUAUUUCACGAGAUUCCAACAAGCUCGUUGCUCCUGACGAAUUACGACCCUUUCUACUCGCCAUUAUUAUCACGAUUGGAUGCUGUAUUCUAUCGACUGGGUCAUACCACAGAAGGUUGCAGAGAAUAUGCAGUUUGUGCUAUGUACAGAAGUCCUGCAAGAUAUGCACCUUAUUCUAAUCUCGUAUCGGCACAAUUAUCGAGAGAAUUAAACGAAUUGAGAAAACCAGCGAGCGAUAAUCCAGACGUAUUGAGAUUUUUCCGUUAUAUGAAGGCAGCUAAAGAUGGUCAAGAUGGUAUCAAUUGUGAGGAUGAUUAUAACAAUUGUCCAACUGCUAGGGAAGAUCAAAGUCUUAAACAAAAUCAAGCUAUGCUUGCUACGUAUCAGGAUAUCGAUAAACUCGUACACGCUAGAAAACUUUGAAACUUUGAUCAAAAAUUAGAAACAAUGUUAGAAGAGUUAUUAUUUAUUUUAAACAAAUUAA